AUGAGGCGGCCGGCGGCAUUGCUGUCGAGCCACGGCGGCGCCGGCGGCCGCAGCAUCCCGCAGGCGCUCACCACCGCGCUCGUCUGCCCCCUCUCCAAGAAGCGUCUCAAGUACCGCGAGGCCAGAGGGUCUCUGGUCAGCGACGCCGUCGGCGUGGCUUUCCCGGUAGGAUGGAAUCCGUUGUCUUGUACCAAAAGGCGGAAAGUUUCUCAAAUGACCACCAAGAGAAAUCAGAACGAGAUUCAAGCACCAGGAACUCUUCUGGUUGAAUUCCUGUUAUGACAAGAGUCAACGAACAAUUACAUGGUAGCAACAUAACAUCGGACGGUAAUGAACCAGAAUUAUUGCUCUCCUCUGAUUGGUGCUUGUUGUAAAUCAUCAUCGCCCUGUUGAUGCGGUACUCGCUUUAUUUCCGUAUGACACUAGAGUGGUUACAUCACAUGAUUGCUGUUGAGAAGGCGGUUUUGUCUUGGACAACAGCAAUGAGCAUAUUGAAAUGGUCAAACAGCACCGCUUCCACUUCGUUUUCAUUCUUGCUGGAAUAACUAUAUGCAGAGCAUGGUAUACAAAAUAAUAGGACUGUGGAUCCCAAGCUGCCAUGUCCUGAGAUUAGCGAUUAUCUGAACCUGCCAAACAUGCUGUUUCUGAUCUUAUCUUAGCCAGUGUCGACAGGCGCUUCUUUCUUUGGUGUGCGUGUGGGUGUGGGAUGGGAUGCCCUGGUACCAGCCACUGAUAUCCAAUUGCUAAAAAGGAUAAAGGGAACAAGGAAAGGUGCUUCGUCAGGCAAAGAGAAAGCUAGAGAUAGGAUUACCAUCAAUCGAAUUGCUGGUACCAGAAACCGCAAAAGAAAUCCAGCUUCUCUGCCCGGACGUCGUUCCAGAA